AUGGCAGAACAUUUUGUGAAUCAGGGAAAAGAAUAUGCAGAUGCAAGACCAAGUUAUCCACCACAGCUCUUUCAAUUCAUAGCUUCUAAGACUCUCUCUCACAAUCUUGCUUGGGAUGUCGCCACCGGAACCGGCCAAGCUGCUAAAUCUUUAACUACUUUGUACAAGAAUGUGAUUGCUACAGAUGCUAGUGAGAAACAGCUUCAAUUUGCAACCAAACAUCCUAACAUAAGAUACCAACACACCCCAUCAACCAUGUCCAUGACUCAGCUUGAACAAAUGGUGUCAUCCCAAGGAACCAUAGACCUUGUCACCAUUGCUCAAGCCCUUCACUGGCUUGACCUCUCAUCUUUCUACAAACAAGUCAACUGGGUUCUCAAGAAACCUCACGGUGUCAUUGCUAGUUGGUGUUACACUUCACCAAGAGUUAAUGAUGCAGUUGAUGCUAUGCACAAUAAGUUAUAUUCUCUUGAUGCAAAGCCUUAUUGGGAUCCAAGACGGGAGUUACUUGAGGAUAAUUAUAGAAGCAUUGAGUUUCCAUUUGAUCCUGUGGAAGGAGUUGAUCAUACGGGACCGUUUGAGUUUGAGGGUGAGACUGUGAUGGAUGUUGAUGAUUUCUUGAAUUAUAUAAGAUCAAGAUCAGCUUAUCAGUCAUCGAAGAAGAAAGGGGUUGAGCUUCUUAAGGAUGAUGUUGUUGAAAGAUUCAAACAUGCUUGGGGUGAUGAUGGACAAAAGAUUGCUAAGUUUCAAGUAUAUUUGAGAAUUGGAAAAGUAAGGGAUGCUUGA